AUGUUGCCGUUUAUCACUUGUGACAACGAAACUAAAGAGGUUGGAGGUUAUGUUGGUGAUAUUUGGAAUAUAAUUCAGGAAAAAUACCGAUUCAAGUACACUUUGAUCUGUACAUCUUACGAUGAAGGAAGAUCUAUGAAUGAGAACGGACAGGCUGAUGUUUUUUUAUCUGCUUCUGUAGCAGAAGAAAAUUUGAAUAAUCUUUACUUCUCUCAACCUUACUUCUAUAACUGGUACCAUCUUUAUUUGAAAGCACCAAAACUACAUGCAUCGUCUCUCUCCUACUUGAAGACGUUUUCCGACAACCUAUGGCUAACUAUGGCCGCCAUAUUAGCCCUACUCACUAUGACGCUAUGGUUGAACGUCAAAAUCCUCAACAAAUUAAUGAAAGUGGAACCGAAAGUUGGCAUACCCUCCUGCUUUCUGAGUGCUGCUUCUGGAUUCAUCAAUCAAGGCAGAGGACAGGUUCUGAUUGCCCUUUUGUUGGGAGUGGUUCUGUAUGCGGCAAUGAACGCCGUGUUGUUUUCACGUUUAGCCAUUUCUGAUGUCAAAUUUCCGUUCACGUCGUUACAGGACAUUGGCAAACAUAGAGGAUUAUCUCUUUGUCUCAGAACAAACAGUUUUGUUCAUGAUUAUUUCACGACCGAUGAUGGUGUGGUGGUACCAGAAUGGAAGGAAGUACUGAACAACAAGAACUGUUUGGACAUAAUAGACCAACGAAACAUCUCGAAAAUAAUAUGCAAAGAGGGGAUAGUUAUAUUCGAGAACAGAGUCAUCAUGUCCGCCAUAGCAAAAAGGUCUGCUUUUCCAUGCGAGAUCGUCAAUUUUGGGACCAUCUAUUACCAGAAAGGAAAUGUCUUCGCAAUGACCAGAGCACUGAAAGAAAAACGUCUAAUCGAGAAAAUAUUGAUGGAAAUGAGAAGCCACGGAAUAUAUAAUCGUCUAGAACAUAAGCACGUCACAAGUCAGAAACCUAGUAGUGGCGAAAUUUGGAAUCAAGUCACCAUGGCACACAUCAAAGGAAUACUUUGCAUGUACUUAAUAGCGAUCGUGGUCAGUUUGGGUAUAUUAGUUACCGAGAUAACGAUCCAUAGAAGAGGAUAA